UUUUAUGAGAGGUCCAGGGGCUAUAUAAAGGCAAGACUCAAUGCCUGGUGAGUAUCCCACAACAACCUGAGCUACAGCAAUAAUGUACUGCCUCCCUGUCCUACUGCUGUCUUGGGCUACGCUGUCUGCUGCCUUCCCUGCAGCAUCUCAGGAAGAUCUGGAAGGCAAAUAUGGAAAAAUGGCACAGAAAUAUCUGGAGAAGUUCUAUGACAUGAAAACUACUGGAAGGCCAGUUGGAAGAAAAACCAACAAUAAUCCAUUUGUUAAGAAGCUUCAAGAAAUGCAAGCAUUCUUUGGUCUGGAAGUGACAGGAAAACUGGACCAAAAGACUGUAAAAAUGAUGGAAAAACCUCGUUGUGGUGUCCAUGACAUUGGGGAGUACAGCACAGUGGAUAAAAGUUCUGCCUGGCAGAAAAAUGACAUCACCUACAAAAUUGUGAAUUUCACACCCGACAUUCCAAGAGCUGAUGUGGAGUCCUCCAUCAAAAGAGCGUUCAAAGUCUGGAGUGAUGUGACCCCACUGACUUUCACCAGGGUCUAUGAAGGAGAUUGUGAUAUUGAAAUCCAAUUUGUUUCUGGAGAUCACGGUGAUAACAGUCCAUUUGAUGGACCUGAUGGAAUUUUAGCACAUGCUUUCCAGCCUGGGCCUCGGAUUGGGGGUGAUACUCACUUUGAUGAUGCUGAAACAUUUACAAAAAACAGCCAACAGUACAAUUUGUUUCUGGUGGCUGCUCAUGAAUUUGGCCACGCUCUUGGCCUUAAUCACGCCACGGACCAAGGAGCCCUAAUGUAUCCCACUUACCCAAGCACAGACCCGGAUAAUUUCCGACUCCCUCAAGACGAUAUUGAUGCCAUACAAUCUCUCUAUGGAAAGACUUCAAAUCCCAUUCAGCCAACUGGGCCUACCACACCUUCGAAAUGUGACCCCAACAUUGUAUUUAAUGCUGUCACCACUCUUCGAGGAGAACUGCUCUUCUUUUUAAACAGGUUUGUAUUUCGCAAACAUCCUCGAGGUGGUGAAUCUGACCUUCUUUUCAUCCAGGAACUGUGGCCAACUUUGCCAAGUGACAUUGAUUCUGCCUAUGAGAAUCCAAUUACUGGGGAAAUUCUUGUUUUUAAAGAAAAGAAAUAUUGGACUCUUGACGGCUUUGAUGUGUCCCAAGGACCCAGAAGCAUUGCCGAACUUGGAUUUCCUAGAAAUGUAAAAAAGAUUGACGCCGCCGUUCAUGUUGAGACUCUGGGCAAGACAUACUUCUUUGUGAAUAAUAAGUACUAUAGCUAUGAUGAAGACAAGCAAGCCAUGGAUAAAGGAUUUCCAAAGUUUAUUGCCAAAGACUUCCCGGGAAUGAGACCAAACAUUGAUGCAGCAUUUUAUUACAAAGGUCUUCUUUACUUCUUCCAAGAAAGCGUCCAGUAUGAAUAUAGCAUUGAGUCCAAGAGAAUCAAGCAAGUUCUCAGAAGUAACAGCUGGCUCGGGUGCUAGAAACAUGUUUUGCCUAAUUCUUGUAUAUUGUAGCGUCCGCUCCACGUCACGUAACUAUUCACAUGUGAUUUAGGCAGUGCAGACAUUCCCAACUGUGAAAGCGUCUAUGUAAGCCUUAUAAAGUAUUCCGGACAUUAGCCAUCAAGACAACUGUGCAGCUGUAUGUAGCAACGUAUUUAUAGCCAUUCUGAAAUAUAUAGUUUACAUAUUUUAAACUGACAUGAUAAUAAAGUAUGUUUUUUAUACUGUU